UUCAAUUUUGAAACAUGGAUCCGUCUAAUCAAAACCCCAUUUCCCUUUCUCCGAUUCUCCUCUCAAUAUGACUUUGCUGAAAUUCGUGUGAAAAUUGAAGAAAUUGCAGAAGAAAAAGAUGAUCCAGUUGCUUUUCGGCCUUAUAUUUGCGGAGAUGGCGCUGAUCGUGGCGUUCGUGUUUAAGACUCCGCUGAGGAAGCUGGUCGUGAUGGGGCUGGACCGCCUCAAGCGCGGCCGCGGACCGAUCGUCGUCAAGACCGUCGCCGCCACUGUCUUCGUUCUCAUGGUGGCCACCGUCUACAAUGCGGUUGCGAUUCAGAGGCGUUGGAUCCAGGAUGAGGCUGAAGUUAAUCCUACCGAUCAGGUCAUCCUCGCCACGCGCCUUCUCGAAGCUUCUCUCAUGGGAUUCUCCCUAUUCCUCGCCCUGAUGGUCGACAGGCUGCAUCACUACAUCCGGGAACUGCGUAUAAGGAGGAAGAGCGCGGAAGCUGUUAAGAAACAAAAUCGAGUGUUUGAUGAUAACAGGUCUCCAGCACCCGAGGAAAUCAAAGUACUGGAAGACGAAAUGAGUAAACUGCGUGGGAUGAUAAGUAGGCUGGAGAAACAUCUUGCUGAAAAGAGUAAAGAGGCAAGCAGUGCAGAAGCCAAUGCGGUGGCCUUGAAGAAGCAAUCGGAAGGCUUUCUUCUUGAAUACGACCGCUUGCUUGAAGAAAACCAAAACCUUCGAAGCCAACUUCAGUCUCUCGAUCGACAUUUUUCCUUUUCUGAUAGCAAAAAAGUGAUGUGAGGCAUCGUUCUAGAUAUUGUGGCUUUCUUUUUUUUGGGUUUUUGGCACGCACUUGUGUUAUACUAUAGCAGCAGUUUCCCUCCACCUUCCAAGAAAGAGUCUCCAGUAGAAGAGGCUCCAUUUUUUGUUUACCUUUUCUUGUUUUAGUCAUUUCUACAAUGAACAAAUACAGAUACCCAAAAAUGUUAAAAGUCUUUUUAUGAGA